AUGUGGAACCAGAGCGGCUCGCCGAACUCCAGCGCGCGCGCCCCGGGCUACGAGAACGACACCUGGCCCGAGUACCCCUUGCACCUGUUCCCAGCCCCGGUGCUGACGGGCAUCACGGUCACCUGCAUCCUCCUCUUUGUCGUUGGGAUUCUAGGCAACCUCAUGACCAUGCUGGUGGUGUCCAGGUUCCGAGACAUGCGGACUACGACCAACCUCUACCUGUCCAGCAUGGCUUUCUCCGACCUGCUGAUCUUUCUCUGCAUGCCCCUGGACCUCUUCAGGCUCUGGCAGUACCGACCCUGGAACUUCGGAGACCUGCUCUGCAAGCUCUUCCAGUUCGUCAGCGAAAGUUGCACUUACUCCACCAUCCUCAACAUCACAGCCCUGAGCGUGGAGAGGUACUUCGCCGUCUGUUUCCCCCUCAAAGCAAAAGUAGUGAUCACCAAAGGGAAAGUCAAGCUGGUCAUCCUGGUCCUCUGGGCUGUGUCCUUUGCAAGCGCGGGACCUAUUUUUGUCUUGGUUGGAGUUGAGCACGAGAAUGGAACGAACCCCUUGGACACCAACGAGUGCAGAGCUACGGAGUAUGCGAUCAAAUCAGGGCUGCUCACCAUCAUGGUCUGGACCUCCAGCGUCUUCUUUUUCCUGCCUGUGUUUUGCCUGACUGUGCUUUACAGCCUUAUUGGGAGGAAAAUCUGGAGGAGGAAGAGAAAGAACAUGGGACCAAAUACCUCUAUUAGGGACAAGAACAACAAACAAACUGUGAAAAUGUUAGCUGUGGUGGUGUUUGCUUUCAUACUCUGCUGGUUGCCUUUUCAUGUAGGACGAUAUUUGUUUUCCAAAUCCUUUGAAGCCGGAUCCUUGGAGAUAGCUGUGAUCAGCCAGUACUGCAACUUGGUGUCCUUCGUCCUCUUCUACCUUAGUGCUGCCAUCAACCCUAUCCUGUACAACAUUAUGUCUAAGAAGUAUCGAGUCGCUGCUUGCAGGUUGUUUGGAUUCAAAGCACUCCCAAAGAACAGAUUCUCUGUUACAAAGCAGGAACAUUCUUGUGCUUGGACAGAAUCUAAUGUGAUUACAUGA